UCCCCCUCUGUGUGUGGACACAGUUGGACAGAGUUUGCUCCGCUUUGCCACUUCACAGAAACCCCGGGUGUAUGGCGGCAGCGUCGGUGUCAGAGAUGUUGCAGAUGUUCGCUUCGCCAUCAUGAACACAGACUACACCAAGCCUUCUGUAGCUCCAAAGACGAGAUUUGUUUGUCACGCUAACCUGAAGCUGCCCUCCCCUCUCAUGUCUGCAGCCAGGCGGACAAAACCGUCUAUCUCUCCCAAACCAAAAGUCACACUAGAACUUAAUGGCAGCCAGGGACGAUGCACCAACAACACCCUACUGACUUCAGACGGAGAGUUUGAUGACGACCAAGAGACAGAGGAUGGUCUAAACAAAGGGAUUACAGCAGAGGAGCAAUGUAGCACCUCCAUCCUAAAAUCACAGAAUGUGUCACAGGGAUUGGAGGACGGAAAGGUGACAGAGGAGGAAAAGGAAAUGCAAGAAGAUAUGAUUCAGAAGAUGGAUGAGGACUGGAGAUUAUCUGACCGUACUUUGACAGUGGAGGGGGACUCCCUAGAAACACUAUGGGUCAGUGCUGAACUCACUAACUCGAAGGAAGCGGUGGAGAUGAUGGAUACGGACCUCACGGAGAAUAUGGACACUGAAGGUUUUGAUGCGGGUGAGGCGCUGGCUGACACAGAUGGCCUCUCAGUGGGAGAUAUUUCUUUUAAUAGCAUUGAUGAGGAGGCAGGUGGCCCCUCUGCUGAAAGACGAGACAUGAAGAAAAGACUGGAAAUGCACCAAAUCAAGGAGGAUGAAGCCAGUGACUGUACAGCAGAUGACUUAACAGAGUCUCUCAUAGAUGACGCUGAUGUCCUCAUCAAUGACAACAGGAAGGACUCUAAUUCAAAACAGGUUUUUCCAUCAGGAGGAGAGGAGAACGAGGAGGAAACUGUUUCAAAUUGUGGCAUCACUUGUAACAUCCUGAAGUUGAGAUGUGGCUGUAAAAUGAAGGAAAAGGGUGAACGCCUACAGAACAUUAGCUUUUAUGACUCUGUCGCUGAAGACCAGAAACAUUUCUGUGAUGCAACUAGGGGACAUAUUGUCAUAGAGAAUGAUCCAAUUCAUGAGCCUUAUUACGUCUCCUCGGAUGACAUUAUUAAAACAGACACGACGCCAAGAAAUAACAAAGCUGAUGGACUGUCAGAUAGUCCACAAACACCACAGACUCAUAUGUCUGUGAAUGGCAGUGUUGUGUCUGCUGGGAACAACAAGGAAACAGCAGAACAUGGACAAAUAGAGUUUGCGUCUUCUGAGGAUUACGUCAAGAUUGUUAACAGUGGUGGAUUCAUUCGCAACAACAGGGAUGAAAACAAGGUAAGAGGAUGUCACAAAUGGCCAUCUUUCAAAAGUGAGGAGCACAAGGUUCAUACAGCAGAGGCCCUGUUGAAUGAUUUUGACUGCCAGCCGAGGUUCAGGCUGGUAUCAAUAUCUGUGCCGUCAGACACUGACACCUCGCUGACAUCUUCUCUCUCAGAAAGCCAGCUGCUUUCCCCAAAUGACUCGGACAUCUUUAGAGAAGACGAUGACCUGGAGGGUUACAUAGUGCCACUGAUGGAUGACACCACUGAUACGGACCAGGACAUCGGUGAUGAGCCUGUUUAUGAGGAGCCCAGAAACUGUUCAAAGGGUGCAGACAGGAAAACCACGGGGAUGCAAUCUCGCUCACUGUCACACUGCAUUAAUAACAAUGUGGCUGAGAUGGGAGUGCAGUUUGUUCAGAGCCCCUACAUGAGUGGAUUUGGACAACCUGCUCUUAGCAGCAGCCCUAUGUUGAACUCAGUGCGAAACAAGAGCUACUCCAAACCGCACUAUCUGUCCUUGUAUCCCCGCUCUCUCUCCAUGGAGGCACAAGAUAAGCCUCUGUGUGUUUACAGAGAAGGGCACGAAUCUCACUGGCAGAGAGAGGCCUCUUGUUCAUCUGGAAGCUUUUCCAGGGGCUCACCUUUGUCCACUCCAACUUCUGUGGUUGAUAUUCCUCCCCCAUUUGAGCUGGCCUACAUAACCAAGAAGCCCAUCACAAAGAGUUCUCCCUCAUUGCUCAUUACAAGUGACUCACCUGAGAAAAACAGGAAAAAGAAGUCCUCCCUGAAGCACUUCCUGAUGCUUAAGUUUAGGCGUAAAACGGAGAACAAGUCCACAGUGGAUGUCAAUCCAUCCUCCUCCAAGUCCUCAUCAGAGUCCAGCCCCAAAACACAGAACAGACUGCUGGAUUUAGAUAGCCACAGCUUAAGUAGCUCCCCACAGCUCAUCUCACGCUCAGCUAGUAAACUUCAAGCUUCACCUGAGCCAGCCUCCUCGUUCUUGUUUUACAAAGAAAGCAAAAGAAAAGGGGGUUCCGUGGCAUUCCUCAAUCGAAGUGUUAUCCGAGUGGAGUCCUUUGAGGAUCGCACGCGGGUGCCUUUCAUACCUCUCCCCCUGACCAAACCUCGUUCCAUCUCCUUUCCUAACACAAAUACAUCAGACUAUGAGAACGUUCCCGCCAUCAGCUCAGACUAUGAAAACGUCCAAGUGCCCCAGCGGAGGCCAAUUCCACAAGGACCGUUACCAAACUUCUUUGACCGACCCUGUCGAGUGCUGUCAUCUGCCAAUGACACAGACGGUUAUGUGGACAUGAGCAGCCUCCCUGGUUUCAAAGGCAGAAUUCAGUCUGCUGAAGAUGAAACAGAAAGUGCCUAUACAGAAGCGUACAACGUGUGUUCGCUGGCUGUGAGUCCACUGGCCGGUUCAGUGGGUGAAGUCAGGGGAGAGAUGACACGUGAGGAAGACCAGGCACGCACCUCUGAUGAGGAAGACGGAGUUGCACACAGCACUUAUAACAGACAGCCUGAUGGCCGGUCCAGAGCCUUUUACGUUGCAAAAGAACUGGUGGAUACAGAGAGAUUACACGUGAAAGCCCUAAAGCUUCUUCAGGAAGACUUUCGGGAGGCAGUGGGGGCAGCUGUCGGGGACGAGGGGGAACCCGUGUUGGAAGAGGAGCGACUGCGAGAGAUUCUGAACGAGCUGCCUGAUGUUUACACCCUGCACCGUAGAAUCCUCACAGAGCUGGAGAAUCGACUCAGACACUGGGAGGAGAGCCAGAAGAUUGCUGAUAUCUUCCUGACCAGAAAACCUGAAUUCUUGGUUUUUACCACCUACAUCGGCCAUUAUGACCGGAGUAUGAACCUGCUGGAGGAGAGCUGCCGGACUUCACCUGGCUUUGCAGCGAUUGUUCACCAGUUUGAGCAGCAGCAGCAGAGUCCAGUCGGGGAAAAGGUUUCUCUCAAACAUCAGCUCCUGCGGGUCAUCGUGCGCGUUGCUCAGUAUCGCAUGCUCCUCACAGAUUACCUGAACAACCUCUCCCCUGAUUCCAAGGAAUAUGAGGACACCCAAGCUGCUGUGGGAAUAGUGUCUGAUAUUGAAGAUCAAGUAAAUGACAGCCUAAGACAUGGGGAGAACUUGUUGCGUCUCGUCAACAUCGAGUACAGCGUUCACGGUCAGCGAGAUCUGCUGCAGCCUGGCAGGGUCUUUGUAAAGGAGGGAACCCUGAUGAAGGUCAGCAGGAAGAGUCAGCAGCCGAGGCAUCUGUUUUUGAUGAACGAUGUGUUGCUCUACACGUAUCCUCAGCAGGACGGGAAAUACAGACUGAAGAACAUGCUGCCUCUCACUGGAUUAAAGGUCAGCAAACCCGUCAUAGAGAAUGUUCUGAAUGCACUAAAGAUCGAAGGAGCGGAUAUCUCCAUAACUUUGACUGCGAGCUCCUUCCUUGAACGAGAGGACUGGUUUUACACACUGAGUCGCACCGUGGCUGAACACACCCGAGGAUCUGCAGCGUUCAACAGCUGCUCAGCAGAGGCCAGAGACGGUCUGCAUCUCUCUCUGGGAGAGAAAGCUCCCACCCUUGUCCCCAUCUCACAGGUGUUGAUGUGUAUGAACUGCACAGCAGAUUUCAGCCUCACACUUCGUAGACACCACUGUCACGGCUGCGGGAGAAUUGUUUGUCGAAGCUGCUCCAGGAACAGAUAUCCACUGAAAUACAUGAAAGACCACAUGGCCAAAGUGUGUGACCACUGUUACAAUGAACUAAAGAAGAGAGGAGACAUGUCUGCAGGUAAAAACAGCCCUGGUCCAAACCGCUCCACCCGCCCUCUCUCUGCUGUGUUCCAAAACAUUCAUCCGCCCAACAUCUGGAGACAUCGUAAAGGCACUUUGUCCUUCAACCAGGUAACGGUGUCAGAGGAAGGCUCUGUUAGUGGCAGUCUGCAGCGCAGCAAGAAGAGCAAGAGGAACUGGAAGAGACUGUGGUUCCUUCUAAAAGACAAGGUGCUUUACACCUACCGAGCUAAAGAGGAGAAAGUAGCGUCAGAGAGUUUGCCUCUGCUGGGGUUCACAGUGAAGUUGCCUGACAGACAGGACGGACAGGAGGAGGCCAACGUCUUCAAGCUCUACCACAAAAACACUUUGUAUUAUGCCUUUAAAGCUGAGGACAACUACACAGCCCAGAGGUGGGCAAAUGCUAUGGAGGAAGCCACAGUUUUAUAGGUACACUGACGCUGCCUCGCUGUGAAACCACUAAGGCUGCAUAGUGAAAAGGGGAAAAAAAAAACUACUAUUUGAUUAUGUCUGAAAGUUGUCUCUCAUCUGACUGGACUGAAGAAAUGAAGACAUUUUGUCCUUUGAGAGAGGACACGUUCACCUACUUUGUCACCUGCUAUAGCAGCAGGUGUGAUGCUCACAGCCACGAGUGGUGAUGGCCCAGAUUCCGGCCAGUGUGGAACAGUACGUUCAUGUAACCUGCAUUUUCCCCAGAGACGGAUCAUCAUCAUCUUCAUCAUCAUCACCCCCUCCCCAAUCACUUGGAAGAUCGUGGAUCUUUGGAAAAAGGACAUAUACUGUAUGUAAUUCAGGACAUUAUGAAUAAUCUGCUCAAUGACAUUCGCCUUCAUUUUAGGGACGUGGAGAAAUGACAAACAAAUUCAACCUCACACAGAAAUGCCUGAAUCAGGAACAGCCUGGUUUUCAGUUUAAAAUAUGUAUAUACAAGGCACAGGCUGAAUCAAAGAAUUUUAUAAAUAGAAGUGUCAUGUACUGUAUUGUUGGAGUAGUUCCUGCCAGUGAAUAGUUAUUAUGCUUUUUAUUUGCACUGAUAUUAGGGAUGGAGGGCAAAACUUACUCACUUAAUUUACUACACUUACUCUUUUUUUUUUAUUGUUAAAUGUGGUCGUAUAUACAGUAUAUAUAUAUAUAUAUAUGUAUAUAUAUAUAUACAUAUAUAUACUGUAUGUAUAUAUCUUUACUGAUUUAAAUACCUGUAACAAAUAUAAAGUCACAUUUGUGUAAAAACUCCCACGUUCAGACAAGUCUUGAACUUUGUACUGUAGUUAAUGAUUUAUUGACUUUAUUUCUAACUGUUAUUUUACAAUCAAGUAAAGGUGGUGGUUCAUUAUGGAA